CAAACGCAAGCAGGAGCCCAAUCAGUUGUGAGAAAGAGCAAGGAACACUGUUAUACUCUUCGUUCGCCCUUAGUUUUGUGGACGAAAGAAUUUCGUGUAAUUUAAGAAAUUGUUGGGCGAAUCAUUGAAAUUCAGUACCACGCGUGAACUCAUUCCCUUUAAUUCUGGAUUCGCUUGUUUUAGGAAGCAAGCUGGUUAGCUCAUUAGUCUAUAGCAUUAGCUACGGCAGAUUCCUAGCAUGCCACAAGCUACAGUAGCUAACUCUAGCUAGCUACGUUUUCUGUGGGGGUCGUGUUUUCUCAACCACAAAGGAGCAGCUAGCUGACGUUUGGCAGACUAACCAGCCAAUACUAGUUGGUUAGCGCUAGCUACCGAGCGCAGUACUGUAAAAAAAAAAACAGCACAAAUAGCUAACUGCAUAGGUGUGCAUUAGCUAAAAUGGCGGAGCCAGACAAAUUGAACAUUGACUCCAUAAUACAGCGACUGCUUGAAGUGAAAGGUUCCCGGCCAGGCAAGAACGUGCAGCUGGCAGAGAAUGAGAUCCGUGGCCUUUGCUUGAAAUCGCGGGAGAUAUUCCUCAGCCAGCCAAUCCUGCUAGAGCUUGAGGCCCCUCUCAAGAUCUGCGGUGACGUCCAUGGUCAGUACUACGACCUCUUACGGCUCUUUGAGUAUGGCGGCUUCCCUCCCGAGAGCAACUAUCUGUUCCUCGGGGACUACGUGGACAGAGGCAAGCAGUCCCUGGAGACCAUAUGCCUUCUGCUGGCUUACAAAGUCAAGUACCCAGAGAACUUCUUCCUCCUCAGGGGCAACCACGAGUGUGCCUCCAUCAACCGCAUCUACGGCUUCUACGACGAGUGUAAGAGGCGGUAUAACAUCAAGCUGUGGAAGACCUUCACAGACUGUUUUAACUGCUUGCCAGUGGCUGCUAUUGUCGAUGAGAAAAUCUUCUGUUGCCAUGGAGGCCUCUCCCCAGACCUGCAGUCCAUGGAGCAGGUCCGCAGGGUGAUGCGACCCACGGACGUGCCGGACCAGGGCCUGCUGUGUGACCUGCUCUGGGCCGACCCAGACAAAGACGUGCUGGGCUGGGGCGAGAAUGACCGCGGCGUCUCCUUCACCUUCGGAGCUGACGUGGUGGCCAAAUUCUUGCACAAACACGACAUGGACCUCAUUUGCAGAGCACAUCAGGUGGUAGAAGACGGGUAUGAGUUCUUCGCUAAGAGACAGCUGGUAACCCUGUUUUCAGCCCCUAACUACUGCGGCGAGUUUGACAAUGCUGGCGCCAUGAUGAGUGUAGACGAGACCCUCAUGUGCUCCUUCCAGAUUCUCAAGCCUGCUGACAAGAAGCUAUACUCCUAUGGGGGAGGAGGGGGCAUGGGAUCCGGACGUCCAGUCACUCCUCCUCGAAAUUCUGCCAAGGGUGGAAAAGCAAAGAAAUAACACCUGCUGCACACCUUCUUUUUUAUUUUCUACCUCCCCCCCUCCUCUCUCCUCUUAUCUCCUAAUAGUAUCAAAUCAAAACAGUGCCCAGGGUUUAGUCUUCUUUUUUUCCAUUAGAAAUUCUAGAUGCUCUACACUGUAUAACAGUUCAAGAGUGUCUGAGAGAGAAAUGUUUGUACCAUUCUUUUCCCCCCUUCACUCAUCUCUUCUCCCCAGUCUCCAAGGGGGAGGUAGCACGGUUUCUCGCCAAUUUCAGGGUGGGUGCUGAGCAGACGAAUACUGUACUGAGCAAAUCUAAACGGACAGGGAAUGGGCAGGAAGGAGCAGGUUUUUUAUUGUUUAUAGAAAAUCCUGAACUGUUCAUUUGAAGUCUGCGUCUUUGGAACAUCUGCUAGGAGAGCGUGAGUAGGGGGUCAAACAGUUUGGAAAAAGCCACACACCGACACAUUUGUUCUAUUUUAUUGCCAAACGGUUGGGUUGGUACAAACUGCUGAAAGAGUUGACGACGUACUGAACUGGUUGUUUGACGCACAGAGAUGUGCAUAGAAUUCAUACAAAGAGUCAGAGAUUGAAAUACAAACCGAGUUUAGGUUUGGUGGUAAAUAAUUGUCUGAUUUAUUUGAGGUAUUUUAUGUUUUUAAUCUUUAGAAGUAAAAUAAAUCAAUAAAGAGUAAGAUUUAUUAAAAUUAACUUGCUUAGUGUUUAUUUUUCCCGUAACACAUACAAUACUGUAUCUUUCUGCUUUUGUUCCAGGUCUUGCUCCUGUGCUUUUAUUUAAAAUAUUCAAAUACACAUGUGAUUAUUGGACAGUUUUGGGCCUGAUUAUGGCUUCAGGAGUAGGAAAAGUUGACUUCCUGUUCCAUUUUUCUCUGGGUCAGUUUUUUUCUGUGGUCUGGAUACAAUCAAUAUUUGUUCUUAAUUUAGAGAUGUGCAAGUUUCCCUUUUUUAAUGCAAACAAAAUUUUCAAGCAAUUUUAUUGAUCACUGUAUAUGCUGUUAAAAUCGUGCUUGCAUUUAUUUGAUUGUUAAAAUUAAGGACAAACAUUGAUUGAAUCCAGGCAUCUGUCUGUCAUUUGUCACCAGCUUAUCACAACUUAUUUUUGUCUUUCUCUCCCUCCGUUUCAUUUGUUCCUUCACCUUUGUUUUCCGUUUCUGUCAACGUUCAUUUCAAUCUCUGCCUCUGAAUUUGUCUCAAAAGCUUCCACUAAGUUUGUACAUCCAUGACAUCCGGCCACUGAUUGAUUGGUCCCCGAAGCCCGUUGUUUUAGCGGUUACCUUUUGGCUGCUUGUUUCACCCCUUCUCACCCUUGUCUGUGCUUUCAGACUUUCACCAAAUAAAACUGUUAGUAGGUUGCUGGCAGGCAUACCUUUAACUGGUAUGUUUGACAUCUAGUCCUUUGUUUUGCGUGUGAAAUGGAUUCUCCUUGCCUCCUGACCAGGCAUCAUGAGCAUUAGUUACCUUUAUGAGUGGGGCAUGAAUGCUAAAAAAAGCAAACUUUUUAGGCAGCUGAUGGAAUUGUUUAGUAGUAGAUUCAUGCGUGCAGUUUUGAGGUCGGGUUCAUUGGCUUCUAUAUUGAGUAUGUCGGCCUGGUGUCCAGUUCCUGGAUCAUUGAAAUGGGGUUUGUGGCUCCCCCUGGUGAUCCGUAAUAAUAUGGUCACUGAUCCAGACUGUCAUUUCCUGAGUUUUACGUCAUUAUCUCUCAGGGUGCCAGGAGACAACUGCUUAUGUGUGACAUGCCAGUCUAAUAUAUGCUACCAGCUGCUUAAUUGCAAACAUGAGGACCAUUGUUAAGUACUUGUGCUAUUUCAGUCAAACAAGAGUAAAUACCCUUCAUACUUGUGAAUUCAGAACAUGGAUUUUAUAUAGUGGUGCUUUAAUGCUUUCAAGGGCCCCUUCUAUGACAGCAUUAAGUCCGUAUGAUCUGAAGCCUGUCAUAUUGGAUGCAGUGGAAGCUACCAUUUCUCUUGUAGCCCCAGAUGGGAAUUAUAUAUUAUGUAUAAUGUAAUCAUACAUAAUUAUAAUUGUCUUUGACAACUUAUCCAUGGACAUGUAUUGAGGAAAACUGGCUCAAGUUGUCGUGAGACAAUGGUGCUACAUUAUAGUAUCAGAGGGGGGGGGGGGGGUUUGGACCUUUUCAUUAAUUCCUCCCUUUCUGGAUUUCUGAAAAAUGAAGGCUUUAAAUUAUUGUGCUUUAUAGUACUGUUAUGCUGUACUGUACAUGGACAAUCAAUGUGUUUUUAAAGCAAGUACAUUUUAGAAGCCAGUCUUAUAAAUUAAAGGUUUAAGGGACCCUUUUGGCAGUUUUAUGAAUACGUAAGGUUUUGGGAUCUUAUUUAGCUGAUCUUAUUUCACAGGUAUACUUCUGAAAUUUUCCUCUCUUGGUGUCUCAUUCUUGCUGGAUUACUGAACCAAAUGUAAAGAUCCAAUGAGAUUACAUGAUGGCUUGUGUUUCAAUUAGCAUUUUGAUGGACUUAGUACUUUUAUUAGACUUAAGCAUCUUUUUUUACUGGACUGGGAGAAAAGGGGUAAUUGAAAAUGUGAGUUUAAGGGGGUGGGGUCUUCAAAAAUUUCCACCAUGCACUGUUGCUGGGUAGAAUAAUCAAUUCAAAAAUUAUUUUUAAAAAAAUCAACAGUAAGUACAUUCUAAUGAUUUUUAAAAAUGUUCUGCUUUCCAAGCAAUCGCAGAUCUUUUCUGUUACCAGGAAGAAAAUAAAAAUGACUUCUUUCUA